CGACGGUCGCGCCCUCUCCGCGCCCUUACAGAUGCUCUCUGUGCCUCGUCUUCUCUAUCAAUAAGCACGAGUGUGUACAGAGGCGAGAUCCCGUUGGCAUGACUUCCGAAUCCCCGAAGAACGAGCUCGGCAAGGGAGGGAGAAGCUGCGCAUGCAGCCAGAACUUCCUCCCGGGGCCGGCGAUGCUGACAUGGACGUCGUUCGCUCGCAAAUAACGUUUACGACAUGUAUAUAAGCGGCCCCCAAUAAACGAAGAGAGCAUACGGCGAGCGCGCCCACCAUGUCGCCCAAAGCUUUUGUUCACGUUCCCCUCGAGGCUAAUCUCGCUUUUUCUGCUGCUUGUGACUUUAACCUCAAGCACAACCCGGAGCAGACGUGUUAUGUCUACGCUGACGCGGAUGGCACGGUUCGCGAGAUCACCUACCUCGAAUUCGGACGGGCUGUCCACCGCGCUGCUCACGCUCUACGACCUUCGCGCGAAGGCGGCGAUGACGGUUCUGUCGUCGCGAUCAUCGCGCUCUCCGACACGCUCCUCUACCAAGCGGUCAACAUUGGGCUCAUGAAGGCCGGCCUGGUCCCGUUCCCCGUUUCCCCUCGUUUAUCGGCUCCCGCGGUUGCGAACCUUCUGCGCGCGUCGAACUGCCAUCGUGUGGUGGCGACGCAGCAGACGCUGCACGCUCUCAUUGCGGCUGUCAAGGGCGAACUCGGGCCAGAGUAUACGCUGGAAGUCGAUGAGAUGCCUGCGCUCGAUGUGGUGUAUCCUCAUCUGGCUCGGGAGAAGGAAGUGCAUGCGUUCGAGCCGUAUCCCGAGCCCUCGAUAGAGCCAAAGCCGGACGACAUGCUGCUAUAUCUGCACUCCUCGGGAAGCACAGGCUUUCCCAAGGCAAUACCGCAUACGCGUGCCAGUAUGGCAGGAUGGAGCCGUCUAGCUAUCAGCCACGAUUUGCGCCAGUACCAGCCUCGCCUUCGCUUCGCGACACAUAUGCUACCAGCAUUCCACACGUUCGGCGUCUAUGCUCAGCUCAUCACACCGCUUCUCGGAGGGGCGGAGGUCGCGCUAUUCCAGCCUUUAGUCAAAACCCCAACAGAUGUACCGCCGCCGCCAACGCCCGACUCCCAGCUGGAAGCCGCCCGCGCAUGUGGCUGCACCGCGAUGGUCUCCGUACCGGCAUUCAUACAUCAGUGGGCGACGAGUGCAGAUGCGUUGGAGUACCUGAAGACCUUGAAAGUGCUGGCCUUCGGUGGCGGUCCUCUGGGCGAAGUCAUCGGUAAUCAGCUCGUCGACCUGGGUAUCAAGCUGCGCUCUAUCUACGGCGCAACUGAGUUCGGUGCGCCUUCGCGGUUGAAGCCGACAUACGAAGAGGACUGGAAAGAAUGUGGCUGGGUCGAGCUGGAUACGGAUGCGUGUCUAGCUUGGGAGCCACAGGGCGAUGGGACGCAGGAGUUGACCAUACCGGCCGACAAGAGCCAUUGGCACAUCCCCGCUGUUCGGAACCUACCGGAUCGCCCAGGAUAUGCCACGAAUGAUCUCUGGGUACGCCAUCCGACGAAGCCGCACCUUUGGAAGAUCAUCGGCCGCAAAGACGAUAUCAUCGUGCACGCGACAGGCGAGAAGACCGUACCUGCUCCCAUCGAGGGUCUCAUUGUGACAAGCCCGACGGUGGGCGCUGUGAUGAUGUUUGGGUACGGGCGCGACGAGGCGGGAAUUCUCGUUGAGCCGACACCUGCGCAUCAGGUCGACGUCGACGACGAUGUCCAAGUCGCGGCUUACCGCAAUGCCAUCUGGCCCCUAGUGGAGGAAGCGAACCGCAGCGCGCCGGCCUACAGUCGCAUCUUUAAGGAGCUCAUCCUCAUUACUCGGAAGGGCAAGCCUCUUCCACGGACAGAGAAGGGCACAGUUAUGCGUCGCUUGGCGCUGCAGGUAUAUAAGGACGAGAUCGAAAAAAUAUACGAGGUCAUCGAAAGCCAUGCACAAACCGGGGAGAAGGGCGUGAAGCCUCCUUCCAGCUGGGACGAGGCCUCCGUCGCGGAUUGGCUCGCCAAGCAUGUGCGCGAUAUCACGGGUCGCGAAAUGGACCGCGCAGCGGACCUCUUCGAGCAGGGCUUCGACAGUCUGAACGCAACUGUUCUCCGCCUGCGCCUGCUGGGAGGGCUGAAGUCAGACCCGAACGCUGCUUCAGCAUGCCUCGGGAUCUCGCAGAACGUCGUCUACCAACACCCAUCGAUCGACAAGCUUGCGACUCUCGUGUCCGGGCUGGUGCGCGGCGAAGCCAAUUCAGCGAAGGCACCUGAGGCGAGCGCGAUGGAUACAGUCGUGUCGCUCGCGGCGCGGUACAGCGAAGGUCUUCCCGGCUACGUCGAUGCGUCGACGUUGCCGAAGUAUGUUUCCCCAAAGUCCGCCAAAACGUUGGAGUUCCCGGUCACUGUGCUGCUGACGGGCACAACUGGCAACCUCGGGGCGGAGAUCCUGGGUAUGUUACUCAAGGACGACCGCGUGUCCCGUAUCUACGCGCUCGAGCGGGCGGGACCUGCACCUGUGAAGGAGAGGCAGCGCGCGAGGUUUGCCGACAAGGGCUUCGAUGUUCGCCUCUUGGACUCGAAGAAGCUGGUCUCUUUGCCGGGCGAUGUCUGCGCAGAGCGACUUGGCCAGAGUGAAGCUGUUUUCAGGGAGAUGCUUGCGUCGGUGUCCGUCAUCAUCCACGUCGCCUGGCGCCUCGACUUCAACCUCGGCGUCAACGCCUUCGAGUCCAGCAUCCGCGGAACCCGCGCGCUCGUUGACUUCGCGCGCCAAACCCAACACCGCGACACCUUACGCUUCCUCUUCACCUCUUCCAUCGCUUCUGCGGCGUCCCAGGACGCCGCCUCCCGAGGGCCCGUGCCCGAGGAGCCCAUCGACGAUCCGAGCGUCUGCGUGCAGGGCGGUGGGUAUGGACAGGGCAAGUACGUUGCGGAGCGCGUGCUGGCUGCGAGCGGAAUCGAGUUCAGCUCAGUCCGAGUGGGGCAGGUGAGCGGCGGGAAGCCGCGCGGGGCGUGGGCGACGACGGACUGGUUCCCGAUUGUGGUGAAGACGAGUAUCGCGCUGGGCGCCCUGCCGAGCGAUGAGCAGGACGUGACCUGGCUGCCGAUGGAUACCGUCGCGGCGACCUUGCUGGAUGCGGCCUUCUCACAGAGCACCUUGUCGCCUUCGCAUAACAUCGUCCAUCCGCGUCCAAUCCCCUGGUCUCAGAUGAUCACGCAAGUCCAGCAUUCCCUCAAGACGGUUCUACAGCGCGACAUCCCCGUCGUACCCUUCAAGGAUUGGUUCGUUAAGCUCGAAGCGGCGGCAAGUCGACCCGAUGUGAGCGCGCAGGAUGUGCCUGGCGUCAAGCUCCUCGAAUUCUUCCGCGGGAUGAGCGCUGGACAUGGGCUUGGUGCAUUUGCGACGGGCAAGACAGAGACAGUCAGUCAGACCCUGCGUAGCGCAGAACCCUUGGCUCAGAGGGACGCGGAUGCAUGGGUGCAGUACUGGAAGGAAAGCGGGCUGUUGCAGUGAGGUAUAUUGGGACGCCUCGGUGAGAUAUAGAACGCGGCGGGGCACGUCGAAUUGAUACAUGUAGAGCAGAUAAAGGGUUUGUUACACGUUUCAUGAAUCCAACAGACGGUUGGUUGGUAGUCCAUGAUACACAAGAACGGCACUGACGACGGAGGUAACCCUCGAUGGAGACCUUUGUACUCAUACGGCAAUCACCUAGCACGCGCGCGAAACAUGCCGUGUUGUAUAUAUCGCGACCAGCGAAGGAGCAUUUGUGCUCGCGAAGGCUUCGAAUCCGGUG